GACCAAAACAGAAUCCAUUUCUGUGAUCGCCAAAGCCACACGAUGAUUCUUGGCUAAAGCAUUUUAAAAACAAUACGAAGGAAAACUGCGAAAAUUAAAGAGUCAAUAUCGCACAAGAAUAUAAGAGGUUUUUCGAUUUAACUCUAAAAUUUAAGAGUCGAGGAAACAUGGCCAGCACUGUGAUGACUACACUGCCUCAGUUCAAUGGACUUCGAGCCUGCAAGAUCUCUGCAGCUCCCGUUCAAGGCCUGGCAACUGUUCAGCCCAUGAGGCGCAAGGGAAAUGGAGCUUUGGGUGCAAAGUGUGGUGACUUCAUUGGGUCAUCAACAAAUCUGAUAAUGGUAACGUCGACGACCCUGAUGCUGUUCGCGGGGAGAUUCGGACUUGCACCAUCAGCCAAUAGGAAAGCGACAGCUGGACUUAAGCUGGAGUCACGUGAAUCGGGUCUACAAACGGGUGACCCGGCCGGGUUCACCCUCGCCGAUACGUUGGCUUGUGGUAGCUUUGGUCAUAUCAUCGGCGUCGGAGUUGUCCUUGGCCUCAAAAACAUUGGUGCUAUUUAAACUUUAUUAAAAUGUCUCUUGAGUAUGUAUUUGUAAAAUUUGUAGAUUCUUAAAACAAUUUCUCAAGAACCGGAGGGGUGAUCUAAUGGAUUUUACAAGUCUUUAUGUUUAUAAUGUUUGUUUUUUGCAUGAUAUUUAAGCUUUUUUUCCUUC